GCCGCUGCCCCCACGUUGAGGCCGGCCCACGUACCUCCCAAUUACGGUCGGGUUCUGGGCAUGCCCCCUACACCGCCGCUCCUCCGCCCUCGACCCGGAAAGGCAUUGACUCACCCGACUUGAAUGAAUUUGACCAUCUCCUAGGAGACUUGAAUGUUACAUUUCUGUAAACAAACCAGUUCUCUCUUGUUUGGAGCAAUGCUGAAAUUCCAAGAGGCUGCUAAGUGUGUGAGUGGAUCAAUAGCCAUUUCCACUUAUCCAAAGACCUUGAUUGCAAGAAGAUAUGUGCUUCAACAGAAACUUGGCAGUGGAAGUUUUGGAACUGUCUAUCUGGUAUCAGACAAGAAAGCCAAACAAGGGGAGGAAUUAAAGGUACUGAAGGAAAUCUGUGUUGGAGAACUCAAUCCAAAUGAGACUGUGCAGGCCAAUUUGGAGGCCCAGCUCCUUUCCAAGCUGGACCACCCAGCCAUUGUCAAGUUCCAUGCAAGUUUUGUGGAGCAAGAUAAUUUCUGCAUUAUCACGGAGUACUGUGAGGGCCGAGAUCUGGACUGUAAAAUUCAGGAAUAUAAAGAAGCUGGGAAAACCUUUCCUGAAAGUCAAAUAAUAGAAUGGUUUAUCCAGCUGUUGCUAGGAGUUGACUACAUGCAUGAAAGGAGGAUACUUCAUCGAGACUUGAAAUCAAAGAAUAUAUUUCUGAAAAAUAAUCUACUUAAAAUUGGGGAUUUUGGAGUUUCUCGACUCUUAAUGGGAUCCUGUGAUCUAGCCACCACUUUAACUGGAACUCCCCACUAUAUGAGUCCGGAGGCUCUGAAACACCAAGGCUACGACACAAAGUCGGACAUCUGGUCUCUGGCAUGCAUUUUAUAUGAGAUGUGCUGCAUGAAUCAUGCAUUCACGGGCUCCAAUUUCUUAUCCAUUGUUUUAAAAAUUGUUGAAGGCGACACACCUUCUCUACCUGAGAGAUACUCAAGAGAACUGAACUCCGUCAUGGAAUGCAUGUUGAACAAGAAUCCGUCGUUGAGACCAUCUGCUAUAGAAAUUUUAAAAAUCCCUUACAUUGAUGAACAACUACAGCACCUGAUGUGUAGGUAUUCGGAAAUGACUCUGGAAGACAAGAAUUUGAAUUGUCAGAAGGAGGCUACUCAUAUAGUUAAUGCUGUGCAAAAAAAGAUCCACCUGCAGACUCUGCGGGCGCUGUCUGAAGUGCAGAAAAUGACACCAAGAGAAAGGAUGCGGCUGAGGAAGCUCCAGGCAGCUGAUGAGAAGGCCAGGAGGCUGAAAAAGCUUGUGGAAGAAAAAUAUGAAGAAAAUAACAAACGAAUGCAAGAAUUGAGAUCUCGGAACUUUCAACAGCUAAGUGUUGAUGUACUCCAUGAAAAAAAGCAUUUAAUGGGAACGGAAGAAAAGGAGGAGCAACCUGAGGGAAGGCUUUCUUGUUCGCCCCAGGAGGAUGAAGAGAGGAGGCCAGGCAGAGCAGAGGAAUUUGAUGACUCGACUUCAGAGAACCUGCCUGAGUCUCAGCCCGUUCCUUCCCCGGACCUCAGCACACUUGAGUCAAGUGUAGAGGACACCAUAGCUGACCCUGGAGAUCAUGAGAUCCCAGAAGACCCCCUUAUGGCUGAAGAGUAUUAUGCUGACGCAUUUGAUUCCUGUUCUGAAGAAAGUGAGGAGGAGGAGGAAGAAGAAAUAGUGUUCUCAGGACCGGAGGAAGCGGUCAAGGAUGAGGGACCCCAGCCAGCUUACCGAACAAACCAACAGGACAGUGAUAUUGAAGCACUGGUCAGGUGUUUGGAAAAUGUCCUGGGUUGCACCUCUCUAGACACAAGGACCAUCACCAGUACAGCUUGGGACAUGUCCCCAGGAGCAACAAUUAUCAACAGUGCGAUGGCCGGGACCAAGAUGAAACGCAUGAGGGAAUCAGCGGUGCAGAAGCUGGGCGCAGAAGUAUUUGAGGAGGUCUACAAUUACCUCAAGAGAGCAAGGCGGCAGAAUGCCAGCGAGGCCGAGAUCCGGGCAUCUCUAGAAAAAGUGGUGCCUCGGGCCAGUGACUGUUUUGAAGUUGACCAGCUCCUCUACUUUGAGGAGCAGUUGCUGAUCACAGUGGGAGAAGGGCCCACUCUCCAGAACCAUCACAAACAGUUGUCAAAAGCAAGCAAGUUCAAGGAGACAAAUUUCUGUGAAAAUCCAUUCAGCACAUAAACUGGACUCUGUCAUGGGGAAUGGGUACAUAGCUGAGCUACCAUCUUUGCAUUCAAUUUCUUGUCAAAAGGAAUGCCUCCUUUAGAGAGUAGUAAACAGGUCUGCCUACACUAGAGUCCUGGGCCAGUCAGAGAUGUUUGGGUUAUUCUCUGGGAUAAGCUUAUGGAUCAAAUUUGGCUUCCUGAAAAGCAUUCCCGCCCACAAGCCCUCAGGGCUUCCAGGGGGUUGGACCAUCCUGCCCAUGCCCUGGGAGAAGCCGUCUGCUCCUUCCCAUUUCCACUUGGAGCACAGUCUCAGUGCCUGACUGCCUUGGGUCGCUGUGCUCUGUGGCCAGCCUGCUCCUGAAGGUCGUUGGCACUGGUCUCUGACACAGGUGACCUGUUUUUGGUCCACUUUUGCCCUUCCCUGGCUAGCAAGCAAGAAGAGCAUAUAUACAAGGACCUGGACUGAAAAUCCAGAAAGUGAUUCCCUUCUGUGGUUUAUUCUCCCAACUCACCCAUGGAGUAUUGAAGACUUUCAUUCUUAAUAAAUAUAUUUU